ACCAGUCAAACCACACUUAUCAACUGUUAUCAACACUUAUUCAAUAUAUCAUACACAAUAUAUUAUUUUAAAAGUGUUGUGAUUUGUGAUUGUACUUAGUGUUGUGACAUCAUGGCUCCAUUGGCAUCACGAUCCGUUAUUUGGAGAUCCUUUACAAAAGUAUCAAAGGAACUUUCACAAUGCAAAAUUUGUUCAAAAAAAUUGAAAACGUCUGGAAAUACUUCUAACUUGAAGAAUCAUCUCAAACAAAAACAUACAAAUGUUUAUGAACAAUUGUUCUGUAAUGAAGAGGACGAAGCUCCGGCAAAGAAAAUAAAACAUUCCCGUACUGAAACAAAGGAAAGUAUUGCCACAGAUAUAAAUGACAGGCCCCUUUCUCCAUCAUCUACAAUAACGCUUCAAUCUGAAGGGAAUCUAUCAAGUAGUGGGGUGGUUGUUGAAGAGCAUUUGGCUUCUCUUGAAAUGAUUGAUUCUACUCCCAGUACUAGUGGUACUAGAUGCUCAAUAGAAACUAGUUUCAUACAGCCAACAAUUACAAAAGUAAUAAAAGAUGUUCGUUCAUUCUCUGAUGGCGGUUCUAAAAAUAUAAAAAAUAACGCAAGCUGCAAAGGAUUUGUUAAUUUAAUGAAAGAAUUGGCCCCUAUGUAUAGAGUUCCAACUAGAAAUACUAUAAAAGAUAGAGUCGAUAAACAGUUUGAGGUCAUGUCAGGGGGCAUUCAAAACCAUGAUAAAGAAUAUAAACCAUUUUACUCUACUUUAGGAGUUAGUGAACUGGAUGAAUCACAUACUGCAGGAUAUAUUUCAUCAAUAUUGGCUAGUUGUUUAAACGAAUGGGACAUUGACAUGGAAAAAGUAGUUGCCAUUGUAACAGACAAUGGUGCAAAUAUGGUGAAAGCCGCGCAGGAUUUAGUGGGAAAACAAAAGCACGUACCAUGUUUUGCCCAUACAUUAAACUUGCUUUGUGAAAAUGCUGUAAAAAAUACAGCAAACUUGUUAGCCUUAAUUGAAAAAGUAGUAGGGACUUCCUCGAAGGAAAUUGUUUAA